GAUUGAGAAAUGCCGUUUGCCUUUGAUGGUGGGUAUCGCUCGCUUCCAAGAUCUGACUCUCUCCGAUCAUAAAGAAGAUCCUCGUAUUGUGUGACUCGAUAUAUCUACGCAAUGCUUAGUGUGAUAUUGUUGGAGGAUUGACUCUGAGUGGUAAUGGCAUCAAGACAAGGAUUAAAAGUCAAAAAAUUGGGUCCAAGUAGCUAUAAACCUGCUAAUUCUCCUGCAUCUUCUACUACAUCGUCUUCAAAACAAUUCUUAGAAACUUCUAUUGAUGGUCAUAGCUCUCCUGCAUCUUCUUCAGCUCGAAGUAAGCCACAGUACUUCUACUCAGAUAAUAUGCCGUUGGAAGUAGAGAGAUCAAAAGAAAAUGUUACAGUAACAGUCCGUUUUCGUCCACUCAGUCCGAGGGAAAUUCGCCAAGGAGAGGAAAUUGCAUGGUAUGCCGAUGGAGAGUCUAUUGUGCGGAGUGAACAUAACCCAUCAGUAGCCUACGCAUAUGAUCGGGUGUUUGGCCCUACUACCACAACACGACAAGUCUAUGAUGUUGCUUCUCAGCAUGUUGUUAGCGGUGCUAUGGAAGGCAUCAAUGGUACUAUAUUUGCAUAUGGAGUGACAAGUAGUGGGAAAACGCACACUAUGCAUGGUGAUCAAAGGUCUCCUGGUAUUAUACCAUUGGCUGUCAAGGAUGCUUUCAGCAUAAUCCAAGAGACUCCAAACAGAGAAUAUCUUCUUCGUGUCUCAUAUUUGGAAAUCUAUAAUGAGGUUGUUAAUGACUUGUUGAAUCCAGCAGGACAAAAUUUAAGAAUUAGAGAGGAUGCUCAGGGAACGUUUGUUGAAGGGAUAAAGGAAGAAGUUGUACUUUCCCCAGCUCAUGCCCUUUCACUGAUAGCAGCUGGAGAAGAGCAUCGACAUGUCGGGUCUACAAAUUUCAAUUUACAAAGUAGCAGGAGCCAUACAAUAUUUACACUGACUAUAGAGAGUAGCCCAUGUGGUGAAAAUUGUGAAGGGGAAGCUGUGAAUUUGUCACAACUGAACCUCAUUGAUCUGGCAGGUUCUGAGAGCUCUAAAGCUGAAACUACUGGUGUGAGACGGAAAGAGGGAUCUUACAUCAAUAAAAGCCUACUAACUCUUGGGACGGUUAUAUCAAAGUUGACAGAUGCGAGGGCCACCCAUGUACCAUACAGAGACUCUAAAUUGACCAGACUCCUCCAGUCUUCAUUAAGUGGUCAUGGACGUGUUUCUCUCAUUUGUACUGUUACUCCUUCAUCAAGCAAUUCAGAAGAGACUCACAAUACGUUGAAAUUUGCUCAUCGAGCUAAACACAUCGAAAUUCAAGCUGCACAAAACAAAAUUAUUGAUGAGAAAUCGCUUAUCAAGAAGUAUCAAAAUGAGAUUCGUUGUUUAAAAGAAGAAUUGGAACAAUUGAGGCGGGGUAUAGUUUCAGUUCCUCAGCUGAAAGAUAUAGGAGAAGAGGACCUAGUCCUGCUGAAACAAAAGCUAGAAGAUGGUCAAGUUAAGCUGCAGUCUAGAUUGGAACAAGAAGAAGAUCAGAAAGCUGCUUUAUUAGGGAGAAUUCAACGAUUGACAAAAUUGAUCCUGGUCUCAACAAAAACAUCCCAAUCAUCAAGAUUUUCACACCGACCUGGUCCUAGGAGAAGACAUUCCUUUGGUGAAGAGGAGCUUGCAUACCUACCACACAAAAGACGGGACUUGAUCUUAGAUGAUGAAAACAUUGACUGUUAUGUGCCGAUUGAGGGAAAUGCUGAAUCACCUGAUGAUAUGCUAAAGGAGAAGAAGACCCGGAAGCAUGGAUUAUUAAACUGGUUAAAGCUACGAAAACGAGAUAGUGGUGUGGGAACUUUGACAACUACCAGUGAUAAAUCUAGUGGAGUGAAGUCUGUCAGUACUCCUUCAACACCUCAAGCAGUAAGUGGCAACUUUCAUUCAGAACCAAGAAAUUCGCAUUCCAUACCUAUGGAGAGCCCUAUGUCUGGAGAUCUUUUAUCUGGGUCUAGAGAUGACAGAGAAGAUGAGGAUAAUUUGUUGGGCCAGGAGACACCUCUGACAAGCAUAAAAUCAAUUGAUCAGAUAGAUCUUCUAAGGGAGCAACAAAAGAUCUUGACUGGAGAGCUAGCACUUCACUCUAGUGCUUUGAAGAGGUUGACUGAGGAUGCUGCAAGAAAUCCUCAGAAGGAUCAAAUCAAUGAGGAGAUGAGGAAGCUGAAAGAUGAAAUGAUGGCAAAAAACGAACAAAUUGCUUUGCUAGAAAAGCAAAUUGGGGAUUCCACCAUUUCUCCACAACACACAAUGGAUGCUUUUGAAGCAUCAAACUCUAUUGCAGAACUGAAGGCACAGUUGAAUGAGACAUCAUUUGAACUUGAGGUUAAAACUGCUGAUAAUCGUGUAAUUCAGGAUCAGCUGAACCAAAAGGUCUCUGAUUGUGAAGAGUUGCAUGAAGCAGUAGCCUCUCUAAAACAGCAGGUCUCCUCUCUAAAACAGCAGCUCUCUGAGGCACUAGAAAAUCAAACUUUCAGCCCUGUAGUCAGUAAUCCAGAAAGAGCCACUGAAACAAAGAGCAGCAAUGGAGAACUUAGCACAGAUAACAGGAAUGCAACAUCAAAAGAAAAAAUUGAUGCGUUACUUCUACAAGCCCAGGAGGCCGAGAUUGAAGAAAUGAAGCAAAAGAUGUCUGAAAUAAUGUUGGCAAAGGAGCAGCUAGAAGUUCGGAACCAGAAACUGGCAGAGGAGAGUUCAUAUGCCAAAGGUUUAGCUUCAGCUGCUGCUGUUGAACUCAAGGCAUUAUCAGAAGAAGUUGCAAAACUGAUGAACCAUAAUGAAAGACUAGCAGCUGAUCUAGCCGCAUCCAAGAACUCCCCCAAUCAGCGCAGAAGUGGCGGCAUGGUCAAGAAUGGACGAAGAGAGAGUAUGAAUAAGCGGAGCGAUCAAGGUGGGUCUGUUGCCGAAUUCAAAAGAGAACUGGCCAUGAGUCGUGAAAGAGAGCUUUCAUAUGAAGCUGCUUUUGUGGAGAAGGAACAAAGAGAGGCUGAGCUUCAAAAAAGGGUUGAGGAAUCUAAGCAAAGGGAAGCUUACCUAGAAAACGAGCUUGCCAACAUGUGGGUUCUUGUGGCAAAGUUGAAAAAGAGUCAUGGAACCGAAACAGAUGUUUCUGAAUCAACCGCAGAAAGUAGGCGAUCUGAUGGUUUUGGGUUGUGAAAAUGUUUGGAUGAAAAUAAUUAAGUGGGGUUUCUUGUAAUCUAACAGGAAUGGGCUUUGGACAGGAUUGGUUUGGGAGAGGGAGAGAGGGAGAGAGUGAGUGUACAAAUUUGUGUUCUGGAUUGCAGGGUUUUCUUGUGUAUACGAAAGAAGCUUUUUUUUCUUAC